UCACCCUCUUCCGUAUGUUUUGCCACAUUCAGGGCCAGAAACGCUAAAUGGAAACUCCCCAUGCGGACCCAGAGUAUGGCCUUCGCUGACAGUCUUGUUGGGAAUUAAAAUAUAGUAACGGCAAUGAUUUAUACGGACAAGUCGCAGUAGAGUAGCAAUUAGAGAACACGUGUACUUAUGAGGAGGUCGAAGAAAACCGAAGCACUGCAUUGAACUAGAAGAAGAGACUGAUCCCUCCCAUAUCAGCAAAGCUCGAUAUACUGAACCUUCGUGACAAUGAGAACAGCCACGGUAAUCAGAACGACCAUCAUCUUCAAACGACAUAGCUUUACAUAGUGCAACGCAAGGCCACCACGGUCACGCACAGCUUCUUCAUAGUUGCAGCAUUGUGACCAACAUUGCACGACGUCAUCCACGUUACUUCAGAAUCAAGGUGCUUUCGAAGUGGUGGAAGAUUUGUAGUAGGCGCGUUUCAGGAAGGUAAUUAGAAGAAGCUCAUCCAUCAGACCAUCUUCUCAACGAGUUGUCGUUGUUGGUGUCGGGAGGACAGAAAUCCUGGGCGACUGGAGUAGAGUGGAGUAGAUGGACGCAGGUGCCAGAAUAUAAAUUGAGCUAGAGAGUUGUGGGAGAGGCAAAGAUGGGACUGGCAGUGCUGCCCAUCCAUGCCUACACCUCGGAGAUACUGGAAACAGUCGCUAAGAAUGCAGUGUGUGUUUUAAUUGGAGAAACCGGUUCCGGAAAGACCACGCAGCUGUCUCAAAUGUUCCACCAAGCUGGCUACACAAAAUCCGGUCGAAUUGGUGUGACUCAGCCCCGUCGAGUAGCUGCUGUUUCUGUUGCCCGGAGAGUUGCCUUUGAAAUGGGCGUACAGGUGGGCGAAGACGUCGGAUACUCCAUACGAUUCGAAGAUAGAACAUCCUCCAAGACAGCAAUCAAGUAUCUUACUGACGGUUGUCUCCUUCGAGAAUGUCUGUUUGAUCCAGAGCUCCACCAGUAUUCAGUCAUCAUAUUGGAUGAAGCACAUGAGAGGAGUUUAAACACGGACAUUUUGCUUGGUCUUCUGAGACGACUUGUUUCUAAACGUAAGCCGGAACUGAAGGUUGUCAUUACGUCUGCCACACUUGAUGGGGAGAAAAUGUCCGAUUUUUUUUUCAAAUGUCCCAUUGUAAGAGUUCCUGGGAAGCUGUAUCCCGUACAGAUACUUUAUAGCAAAGAGCGGCCGGUCAGCUACCUCGAUGGUGCAGUUCAGACGGCACUUGAUAUACAUGUAUCUGAGCCACCUGGAGACAUUUUGCUGUUUAUGACAGGACAGGAUGAAAUUGAGAAGGCGAUUGCAAAACUAGAAGAAGAAGUGCAAAGCCUCGAUGAAGGUUCUUGUAUGGAUGUUGUCAUAUUACCUCUGUACGGUUCCCUACCGCCAGAAAUGCAGGCCAGGGUAUUUGGACAACCGCCAGAUAAUUGCAGACGAAUCAUUGUCGCAACAAACAUUGCAGAAACAUCUCUCACAGUGGAUGGUGUCGUGUAUGUAAUUGAUCCAGGGCUAGUGAAGCAACGCCAGUACAACCCUGCCUCGGGAAUGGAUUCUCUUGCAGUAGUUCCGAUUAGCAGAGUUCAAGCUAUACAACGAGCUGGUAGAGCGGGACGAACACGCCCAGGAAGAUGUUAUCGGCUGUACCCUGAAGCUGCAUAUGAGCACGAAUUGCUUGCGGCCACUGUUCCAGAGAUUCAGCGCUCAUCCUUAGCAGGGACAGUGUUGCACUUGAAAUCUCUAGAGCUCCCGGAUAUAGAUAUCCUCGACUUCGACUUCUUGGAUCAACCUUCUCUGGAAUUGCUGGAAGACGCUCUGAGCCAGCUGUACAUAGUUGAUGCCAUUGAUAAAUCGGGGUCCAUAACAGCGCUUGGAAAACGGAUGGCUGAGCUUCCUCUUGAACCAGCUCUUGCUCGUGCAUUGAUUGCCGCAGAGGAGCUUGAUUGUCUUGGCCAGGCUCUGACCGUUGCAGCUGUGCUCUCCUGCGAAUCUAUAUUCUAUAAUGCGCCACGGCAGGGUAAAGAGAAGAAACGAGCCCGUGAACACGGGAGCUUACCAAAUGGUCGUGGACUCGGAGAUCAUAUUCAAUACUUGCAAAUAUACGAUGCAUGGGAAAAAAAUAAUUUUGAUUUGGAGUGGUGUAAAGAAAAUGGAUUGCAGAUAAGAGCUAUGAAAUUUGCCCGAGAUGUUAGGCGACAACUUGGUCAAAUUAUGCUGAGAAAGAAGAGAGAUGGCGAGCCAGAAAAAAGAGAAUCAAGGAGUCUUAGAAAGGUGGGUAGCGCUCGUGCUCUUCGUCAAGCUCUGUGCAAGGGCUUCGGGAAUCGGCUUGCGCACCGAUUGCCACAUCACAAUGGCUACCGCUGUAUAGGACACAAGUCACAGCUUGUUCAGAUUCAUCCAUCAGCUUGUCCUCUCGAAGUUGACGAGGAGGGUUUGUUUCCAGAAUGGGUUCUUUAUCAUGAACUUAUAUCAACAACUCAUCCUUUUAUAAGGCAUGUCUGUAUGGUCGAGGGCUCAUGGGUGGAACCACUCUUGAAAAAGAUGGACAACAUGGACAUACGAGGUCUCAGUGGACGGAAAACGUCAAUUGUUCCAGAGAAAAGAUUAGAAGAUGAUAAGGCAAUGGUCAUGGCCCGGACGGGAUCUCAGCAAGUACUUUCCAGUACAUUAGUUGACGCUGCACGUGAACGAUUUCUUGCUCGUAAGCAGUCUAAAGCUAACAAAUAGAAUACAAUGUUCUCGAGACUACAUUGUAACCUACCUCUCAUUUUGAUAGAUGACAAUUUCUGUUAUUCCGGGUAACUGGUAGUGGAAUAUUUCAGUUGACAGGAGGAUUAUGGAUUAUUGAUCAGAUAUUAUCUAUCUCUUCAAAGCUCAAAAUAAAGUGAAAUGUACAUUGUUGUG